GGCCAAGUGAAACAACAUGUCGGCGAGGCCCGAGCUGGCGUCGUUGGAGAGUCUGGCAGAGUUCAAGGCCAAGCGAGUGCUGGCCAGCUCUGAGAAGAGUAAGUAUGUGGCGUUGGAGGGCGAGCUGGCGGGCGAGCGGGCAGUUGUCCGCGUCACCAAGAAGCAUCUGCCGUGCUCGGAACUUGCCGAGCUGAGCAAGUGGGCGAGCGGCGAGAUGAAGCUUGGGUGCACGCUGCAGAACGAUGUGUAUGCCAAGUAUGAUGGUGUGUGUCGUGGCGAGGACGAUGCUGGUGCCAUCGGCGGAGUCAACGUGGAUGUCAUCUGCCCAGCGUCUGACAAGCACGUCGCCAAGUACACUGCCGCAGAGAUGGUGAUGAUCAGCGAGACCGGCGAGGCGGCGCGACUGGUGACCGAGGCAUAUGUGGCUUCGGUUGGCGAAGAUGCGCUGGCGUGGGUUUACAACAUCCUCGAGGGCAAGGCCGAGGCGGAUCGGGUCAUCUUUGCCGACGACGACGUCGACACUGGCUUUGUGCUCCUCCCUGACCUCAAGUGGGACGGGGCGAAUGCCGAGCAGUUGUAUGUGGUAGUCCUCCCGCACCGGCGUGGGAUCCGGACGCUGCGAUCGCUGCGGGCGGAGCAUCUUCCACUGCUGCGCAACAUUGCCGGGCCAGGCAAGGCGGCGGUGGCGGCGCACUAUGGGGUGCCAGUGAGCGAGCUGCAGGCGUUUGUGCACUACGUGCCGUCCUACUUUCACUUUCACGUCCACAUCACGCAUGUCAAGUGCGAUAUUGCCGACGCCUCGCUGGGGCGGGCGCACCUCCUGGACGACGUCAUCGGCAACCUUGCGGCGUUUGGCGACGAGUACUACCAGCAGGCAACGCUUGGCUUGCUGCUGCAGCGCGGGUCUGUGCUCGAGGCGGCGCACGCGGCGUACAAUGCACGGCCACACGAUGUGCCACGGUAAAAGGUCAGUG